AUGUGGCUCGUCUGUACUGUAGUACCUGUACCUCUCCAAAACACUUACUUUUUCAUAAGUCUCAUCGCUAUAAAGUUUCAUAUCCUUCUCUAAUCUAGGGUUUCCUGUUUCUUCAAUCCGAUCAACCAUCACCAUAUUUUCUCUAAUCGAAGCUCUCUUCUAUCAUCUAUGGCGUCUAAGUUAUGGAUUUCGGGAGCGAGCGUUCAGUGGAGGAUAAUGAAUUGGUAGAGACCGAAGGGUUGGAAAAAAACGGUGAAAUUGAUACCGAACUGAAAGAUAAUGGGAAUUAUGAUGCUGAAAUCGUGGAUGUCAUUAAAACCGAAGGUACUGUAGCGAACACAACAGAGAUAUUGCCGGGAGGCUCGAUAGGUUCGUCGCCGUCGCCAGCCACGAAAGGGCGAGGAUUACGGAAAUGGCGGAGGAUUCCUAGAGAAGCUGGCAAGGAAACGAAUAGUAGUUUAGAUAGCAAUCGGAAGAGAGGUAUGAUUGGUUUACCUAACGCCAUGAAACAAAGGAGUGAAGGAUCUAGUUCAUCAACAAACGCUAUGUCACAUGCUCUCGAUAAUCCUUUAGAUCAUAAUCUGCUUUACGGAGAUUUAGGACGUGGAUCUGAUUUUGCUUCUAGGGCAGAUUCCGACAACAGCGAGGAUCAAAACAGCAGAUCUUCCACAGCCGCUAGUGCUCCAAAACCUAACCACAGGUUUCCUGUAGCAGGUAUGAAGAGCUCGAAUGGGAAGAAUUCAGGUGGUAUAUCAGUACAACCUGGUGAUCAACCGGAGAAAAAUCAAAAUCAAACCAAGAAGCCAAGAGGAUUCAAACUCAAGAAGGAAAACUCCAUUUCCAGUAUGGAAUCUGACUCCAGAAGCUCAAACUUUGUAUUCACACAGGGUUCUAACUCUGUAACAAGCAAUGGUAGAAAGAAUGUCAAGUUGGGUAACUAUGAGGAAGAUUACAGUGAUGAUGCUGAAAAUGGUGACAGACAAACUCAAACUGCAUUCAACAAAAACGAAGCUGAUUCUGAAGAUGUUUCACAUGAAGAUUUAGCAGCUGAGAACUCUUGGGAAGUCAAGGAAGAAAAGAUUAAUGGUGAUCAUGACACUCUGGUAGAUUCUAUCAUUCCACUCCAUUUGGCUCAAGAAGCACUUGAAAGAGAAGUCCAGAAAUUGAGGGAUGUUGGUAAAGAAGAAACAUUCUCUUCUGACGACUCCUUCCAAUCCAGUAACAAUAAGAUCGAGGAGGCUCGGGUUAUGAUCGAGCUCAAGAACGCAAAGAUCUUUGAGCUUGAAUCGAUCUUGAAUCUUGGAGACAUAAAGAAAGAUUAUGAAGAACUAUUGAUGCAAGGAAUCGCAGCUGAGCUGGAAUAUCUAGUCAUCUUAAAAACAAUCCAAAACUUGAAGGAGGGUCACAUGGAUCAAAUCAAUAAUCUUAUGGUACAGCAAAAGAAGCUAGAAGUAGACGAAAAGGUACAAGUUGAAGAAGCAUGGAAAUUGAAAAAUAGGUUUUCAUCCCAAAAUAAGGUUAUACCUACAUAA